AUGAAGAUCGAGAGUGUGCGAGACGCUUUUUUGAGUGACUACGAAGUUCUUCAGUUUCUGUCGCAAUUGGAGCGCCGCCAUGAUUGGGGCCUGAACCAAGACGACGAGCUGGCUGCCGGGAACAACAGAAAGCGCAAGAGACGCCCCUACAACCAUCCAGAGCUGCAGGCCAUUACAAGAGACACUAUACGGUACCUGUCAGAGGCCAAGGGAGCAGCAGACGCGGAGGAGAGCGAGGCGGGCGCGGGCGACACCAAGUCACCUCUGACGAAGCUCAACGACAAGAAGUUUGCAGAGCUCAUGACCCAGCUCAACCAGUUCUCGCUCUUCAAGGCCGAGAAGCUACAGAUAGUGAAUCAGCUGCCCACGAACUUGGUGCACCUCUACGCCAUCGUGGAGGAGUGCGACUCGCGGUUCUCUGAGGAGCAGUCGGGCCAAAUUCUCGAGAUCGUACGCAAUGCCUGUUGA